CAUCGUGUGAGUUGAUCACACGUACGUUGGUCCGGGUACGAGUCGGCCGCGAAUUACAACCAAAGUCACGUUUACUCGCAAAUAUUUACACAAAUGGUACACAGUACCCAAACAUAACGCGGCAACGGCACUCUUGAUUUUUUUUAAACAAAUUAUCAUUUAUUCAAAGUACAAUUAUGUUACGUUUAAUUCAAAUAGUGUUCCUGUUUAUUUUCGCGUGGAAUCAGGCCGGCGUUGCUGCACGACAAAAGGUCCUUGUCACCGUAUAUUACGAGAGCAAGUGUCCGGACAGUAGAUACUUCGUGAGGGAUCAACUGCAGCCAGCAGUUAACUUGCUCCACAAAUAUAUAAGACUAAAACUUGUACCCUUUGGAAAAGCUCAUAGUAUAGACAGAGGUCGCAAUGGAUUCAAAUGUCAGCACGGGCCUUCAGAAUGUGCCGGUAAUAUGGUGCAGAGCUGCGCGUUGGAUCUCAUGCAGGAGCGAAACGACGUGGAAAAGGUUUCUUAUGUCAACUGCGAAAUGCAAACAGAAGCUGGAACUAGGAACGACAUGCGGUGCGUUGUCGAGGCAGGCCUGAGACCGUCUGAUGUGCAAGACUGUAUCAGGUCGAGAGGCAGAUCACUGCAACUCGAAGCUGAAUACCUGACCAAUCAGAUAAGGCCUAGAUUUAUACCAACUACUACUCUCAAUGGGGUUUUCAAACAAAUAGAUCAAGAUUCUUCAUUGAGAGACUUGACAGCAACGUUAUGCACGGUCAUCAGAGAGGGUCCAUGCGCGCACUACCACUCAAUGUUACGCUACAUACUCCUUUGAACGAACAAUAAAUUUAUACAUUUUACCAAUCA